UUAUUUUGUUAUCGACAUGCUACUGUUUAGAGAGCAAUUGUGGGUAAAUGUUUAAAUUGUUUAUCAAAUAAAGGUAUGAUUAAAAAACUUAGACAUAUUGAUCAAUGAUAACGAAGUCUUUGACAUUAUAUAUCAUCGGUAUAUUAGUGCAAUAUAUAGAUGAUUGGCUUCUAAUGCAAUAUAAUCGAUAAAAUAUUAUUAAAAAUUUACAGUUCUAAAUAAAAUUUCAAAUGCAAAACUAAUUAUUUUGGCCAAAUUAUUAUAUGUAUUCAAAUCGGUUUCUCGUUUGAUGUUAAAAUCGAUGCCAUUAUUAUCGAGGUGCGCUGUUCUACUACUGUAUUAUACUGUAUUACCGUAGUAUACCACAACAUAACCUCACAAUAUAUUUUCUAAAAGAUAGUCUAACAUCAAAUGUUGCGUGAAAAAUUUUUAUGGUUACAUUGGGAUGUAUAUUAAUUUUAAAUAAUUAGUAAAUGUGCGAGUGUCAAAAAUGUACAGCGUGAAUAAUAAAUUGAUCUUAUAUUCAUGUACAUGUUUAAUUUAAUAGAUUUUUGGUUAAUAUUUGCUCACAUAAAUGUUUACCAUGAAUUUAACAAAGAUGCAAAACAUUUUCUUGGGGCGGCUUAAGCAAACCAACAAAAUCAUUAAUAAUGUUACUUAUUUUAAUAUAUCAUCAAGUUUUCCUCAUAUUAUAUAUAAUGAUUACAGUACAUCUUGUACAAAUAUUGCACAAGAUUCGAUUCUUAACAAUCAACAGCCAGUAUUGUUAAAUAAUCUUGUAGCUAAACGAUAUAAUUCAAGAAAACAAUAUAACCAUCUGAAUGUGUCUCAACCUCAGAUUAUUUCUCAAGCACUCUUACAUAAUGGAAAAAAGCAUGUAGGAUAUAAAACCUGUUGCAGUAAUCAGUAUUACAAUAGUGUUAGACAUCUUUCAAAUAUUAGCAGUAAUUCUAUUGCUGAAAUUAAAGAUCCAAGUCAAUUCAAUUAUAUCUUCAAAACAUUAUCAGAAAGCACACCUGUUAGAAUUGCGCAAGAUUCUUUACUAUGGAUACAUGAUUAUACAGGUUUGCCAUGGUGGUUAAUUAUUGUGCUUACCACUAUUAUGAUGAGAACAACAGUGACUUUACCAUUAUUUUUCUAUCAGCAAUAUAUAUUAGCAAAAUUGGAAAACCUCAAACCUGAAAUGGACGAGAUAGUUAAAGAAUUGAAGGUGGAGACAAAUUAUGCGAUGCAUAAAUUUAAUUGGUCCAAAGAAUAUGCCAGGCCUUUGUAUAAUCGUUCUCUGAAAAAACAAUGGAAUAAAUUGAUUGUUCGGGAGAAUUGUCAUCCAGCUAAAGCCAGUAUAGUGAUACUGUUCCAGGUGCCUUUAUGGAUAUCAUUGUCAAUGUCUAUUAGAAAUUUAUGUUAUAUGUUACCCAAACAGGAUGCAAAUGCUUACGCGACUUAUCAAGAAUUUGCAACCGAUGGAUUACUUUGGAUUACAAAUUUAACUGUAGCGGAUCCCUUUGUACUUCCUGUGGCAAUGGGAUUAUUUAAUUUAGCUAUUAUAGAAAUAACUUACAUGAAUAGAAAGAAGGAGCUAACAAAAUUCAUGAAAUACAUGACUAAUUUCUUCAGAAUUCUUGCAAUUGGGAUGAUACCCAUUGCUAUGUAUGUACCAUCGUGUGUCAGUUUGUACUGGGCAACUAGCAGUGCAUUCGGUCUUUUCCAGAAUUUAAUUGUGUUGUCUCCAAAGUUACGUCGAUUUGCGAGAGUACCGAUAACUCCAUCCGAAUCACCGCGCCCAUAUUCACUACUUCGUGAACAAAUAAUAGCUAGAGGUCACUUUGAAAGAAAAGUGGAAAUUCCACCAAAGAUAUAAACAUGUUUAUAAUUUUUCGGUGAGUCAUUUGUUAUAAAUAAAAAUUACAUUUAUAAAUUUUGCGUAUUUUCCUAUUGAGAAAUUUGUGAUUCCCUUUCUAUACUCUACAUUUUAUUUGUGAUUUUUCCAAGUGAAGUAUAUAUUGCAGUUAUUUUGCAGGACAUUUUACGUGUAAAUAUCUUUAAUAUCAAAAUUAGACCAAUUGUGAUAAACGAAUUAAAUGAUAAAAUAAUCAAUUAUGAAUAAUUUUAUGGAAUAAGGGUAAAAAAUAUAGUAGGCAAUAUUUGAAACAAUAUCAUCAACUUAUUCGUAUCUAUUAUCUACUAUUGCGAUUUAAUCGUUUAGCGAUAGCGCUCUUCGCGUUCGAUAUCGAAAAGUGCCAUGACAUUGCCGCAGUAGUUAAUUAAUAAUGUGCACUUGAUAUCUAUAUUUUCAAUGAUUUUAUAAUAAAUCUUUGUGCGUUCUUACCAAUAGCGCCAUGCAGUGAAUAAAACGUUAUUGCGACAG